CCGCCGUGAAAUCUAGGUUUUCAAAGCUCAAGCGGAAUAACGGCAACCGAUCAGUGAUGGGUCACUCUAACGUCUGGAACUCUCACCCCAAAACCUACGGCCCUGGCUCUCGCGCCUGCCGUGUUUGUGGAAACCCCCAUGCCAUCAUCAGGAAAUACGGUCUCAUGUGUUGCAGGCAGUGCUUCCGUAGCAAUGCCAAGGAAAUUGGAUUCAUCAAGUACCGUUGAAUUUUGAAGAACUUCAUAGUAUGUGUUUUGGGAUUUUGAAGAAAUUCAAGAUGUUUUUCUUGGGGAUGGGCGGUUAAUUUAAUAUGGACCCUAAAUUGAUUUUUGAACUAAGAGUACUUUAUUGUCUCUCAAUUAAGUAAUCAUAAUGUUUUUAAUUCAGUAAUUU